ACAAAAAAACGUCUCUGACAUUGCAAAAUUGCCAAGGAUUCCCAGCACGUAACAUUGGUCUUUGAACUUUCUUGACCCAAAAAUAACUUGACGAGACAAAUACGAUUAUCUUUGAGUUUCCUUAGCCGUCAGAUGGUUGCAGAUUGGUCAAAGUCGACUACAACGAAAACUUGAAGCCUCAUGCGCCACACGCUUGGCGCGCUUCAGAAAAGGAUUGGGUGGUCAAAAACUGAUCUUAACUUUAAGUCAUUCUUAUUCACACUGUGAUCCAACCGUUAAUUUUUUUCUGUGCUUCUGACGAAUAUUUUGCAAGCUAAAAUGCUUUCGAAACUUCAAGGCGGAAUGUUGUUGUUGCACGAGGGAUCAUGUCGGCGAAAUUUUUAGCGAGGGGUCUCAUGUUCUUACCAUCAAGUGGUUGAGUAAUGGAGGUUAACAGCGAUGGAAAUGACGACGAAGAACAGAUAUUUUACGAUACGGUUAGAGAAUAUGUGAUAUCUUUGCUUGUGUUUAUCAUUUUGUAUGGAAUUUCUCAUGCCACGUUAAGCACCUACAAGAGAGGAAGGGAUGAACUUGAUUCAGAUGAUGAAGAUGCAUUUGUUUAUAGGAUUUCCUUUUGGCUGUGUACAUUUACCCUCACAGUAUCCCUUGGUGCUGUACUUCUGCUGCCAAUGUCCAUCUUCAGUAAUGAAAUUAUGAUAAUGUAUCCCAACAGUUACUACAUCAAAUGGCUUAAUGGCUCUCUUAUUCAUGGAAUGUGGAACCAGAUAUUUUUAGGCUCUUACAUGUCUCUUUUUGUGGCCAUCCCUUUUGCCUACUUUUUCACUGAGUCAGAGGGGUUUGCAGGAUCCAGAAAGGGUAUCAUGGCUCGAGUCUAUGAGACAUCAGUUGUUCUAGGUUUACUUGCUGUUCUGGUUACAAGCAUUGUGUGGGUGGGACUAGCAUUGAUUGACAGAGGGCGCACUACUGAUGGAGAGGCAUGGGUUCCUGGUCUUCCAUUCAUAUAUUCAUGCAUAUCACUUCUAGGAGCCCUGAUGCUCCUGCUUUGCACACCUGUUGGAUUUGCACGGAUGUUCACUGUCCUUGGCCAGUAUGUGGUUAAACCUCAGUUCCUUCGAGACUUGGACGAUGAAAUGAGUGCUAUAAAAUUAGAAGAAGAGAGCAUAAAGAGGAAAAUGAAUGGUUAUAGCAAUGGAAUAUCCAUGCACAAUGGAAUUGAUCACAAUCCAAAGAAAUUAAAACAACUGGAAGUUCAAAGACUAGAGCUUGAAAGAAGCAUCAGAGCAUCAUCAUUGCAAAGAAAUUGUGUUUAUCCAAUCCUACUUCUUACUCUGCUGCUUUUGACUACAAGCUGCAUGGCCAUGGUUGCACUGAAUGUUCUCAGUCUGCUGUUUGUUCACGGGGCCCUGCCGAAAAAAUCCACGGUGCUUGUCCUCGGUAAGGUAUCCUCUUCCAUGAUGGGAACAUUCGGUGCUCUUCUGGAGAUCAUUCUUAUAUUUUAUUUAAUGCUUGCGUCCCUAGUAGGCCUGUACAGCGUUCCAUACUUUUCACGACUGCGUCCUGCAGUGGGCGAGACUAACACAACCACGGUGAUCGCCAACUGUAUCGUCUUAUUGAUUCUUAGUUCAGCGUUACCAGUUCUGUCCAGAACACUUGGGAUAACCAAGUUUGACUUGAUGGGCGAGUUUGGCCGGCUUGACUGGCUUGGAAAUUUUCGUGUGGUCAUCCUAUAUAACCUGGUGUUUGAAGUAUCAACGGCUUUCUGUUUGGUUAACAAGUUUACGGCUUCAGUGAGAAACGCUUUGUACGAACAAGUCCAGGUACCAACUGUACAGUUCUUCCGACGAUUUCACCCCAAAGCCAAGGCGUCGGUUUAAUGAGAUGAUGUAUUGCUCUUUCAAGACUGGGUUUGGUGCCACAAAGAAUUUGAGUCAAGAAGUUUAUUUUCAUUUAUUCAAACAGUCGAAUGUAAUUGGCGAGGUCUGGUAUUAUAGAGGAACGAAAGUUUUCCGAUCAUGUCGACGCAGUGGCGAAGGACGACGAAAUUAUCCGAAAAUACACAAGCAUCGCUAUUGUUCGUGCAUUUACUCAGUUGUCGAUGCAAAGGUAUUUGGCUUCGCAUCGUCGUCGGCUUCGUAACGUCGUUGGAAUAGAUAUGAAAAAGAAAAUCAAUUGUCGAUGCUGUUGCUUGAUAGAUGUUUGACGCGUGAUGUUCUAUGCUUGAUCUCGAGUCUACACAGAGUUUAGAAGUAGAACUCUUAAACAAUGAUACAGUUUGGUUCAAGGACAGUCUAUCAAGGUUAAGUAGAGAUAUCAAAAGAAGGGUACCUUUCAUUAUUCUUUGUACAGUAGAACUAGCAAAGGCUAUAAGUGACGAGUAAAGACAGUACAGAGGAUAACUUCGUCCACCAUUUUGUUUCUUGGAAAACCUUGCCUGGUUAGAUAAAUUGAAAACGGAAGAACGGAAACGGAAAUGGCUAAAACAGGGCAUGUCACUGUCAAGGAACGGAUAUAGGACUAAGGUCUCAACGGAAAGAUGUGGAUUAAAUUGAAAUUUCUGAACGAUUUGUUUCUAUUAGAUUGAAAUUAAUUACAUUAUAAAUACUGGAUCAACUUUGAUGUUAGUCGUUAAUCGAAUUUAUUUAUAUCUCAUCAUUGUUACAGCUCAUAACGAAUUUUGCGUUCUGGGUAUUAGUUAUGUAUACAUUCUGAUUUAACUGAACACAAGCGUAGAACAAGAGUAGAGAUAGGAUAUAUAAUUAGGAUAUAAUUAUACAAUGUAACUUAUUUAAAGUUCAAUUUUGUUACCUUUAUUUUGGUAAUAAACAAAAC